AAUCACCGAAGAGGCAGCAGCGGGAGAUCCACCGCCCCCUUUGCCUGGGCCCAGGAGCUGAGCUAAAGCCCCUUCCACUGCAGGCCUGGCUACAUACACAAAUUGCAGGACCCAGUCCAAAAUGAAAACGCAGCACCCUUGCUUCGAAUGUUUAGAAUUUUAGUCAAUGUCAGAAGAGCGUUAAGGCAAGAGCUGGGUUUUUUUUGUUUUCAUUUUUUGUUUGUUGUUUUUUUUCAUUUAUUUUUAUUAGUUGGAGGCUAAUUACUUCACAACAUUGCAGUGGGUUUUGUCAUACAUUGACAUGAAUCAGCCAUGGAGUUACAUGUAUUCCCCAUCCCGAUCCCCCCUCCCACCUCCCUUUUGUUUUCAUUUUAAAAAUUUAUUUAUUUAUCUAGCUGUGUGUCGGGUCAAUUGGGCUCUCUAGUGGUGGCACGCAGCCUUAGUUGCCCAGCAGCAUGUGGGAUCUUAGUUUCCCAACCAGGGAUCGAACCCCAUCCCCUGCAUUGCAAGGUGGAUUCUUAACCACUGGACCACCAGAGAAGUCCCAGAAGAGCUGGGCCUUUUAAUGUGGGGCCCCAUGUGAUGGCAUGGGUCUCAAGCUGUCCAUAAAAUGGUGGGAGUUCCUAGGGUUAUCCCGAAGACUCCUCAGUGCCUCGGGAGGCAGGUCAGUCAUUACACUGAUUAUGUAAGGAAUCAAACAGGCUCAGAAAGGUGCUUCGUUCUGCCCCAGGUCACACAGGUUAGUGGCAGAAACGGGAUGGGAACCUGGGGCCACCAGACUCCAAAGCCCCCUCCCUACUUCCUGUCUAAAAGGUAUUCCAGGUCUCUCCCUGCCCCACGCCAAGUUCCAGGAGGCCUGAGCGGCUCCCUUCUGCUCUCUCCCCUGCAGACACUGAGGACCACGUAUCCGUCCGUGACUCUCCCCCACCCGCCCCGCACCCUCUGACCCGCCAGUCACCAUGGCUACUUCGAAGUUGCCAGCGGUGUCCGGGGAGGAGACCACCAUCCUCAUGGCCAAGGAAGAGCUGGAGGCCCUGCGCACCGCCUUCGAGUCGGGCGACAUCUCCCAGGCCGCUUCCCGCCUCCGGGAGCUGCUGGCCUCCUCGGACUGCACCCGGCUGGAGGUGGGCGUAACAGGCGAAUCGGGGGCCGGCAAGUCGUCCCUCAUCAACGCCCUUCGCGGCCUGGGCGCCGAGGACCCCGACGCGGCCCUCACUGGCGUGGUGGAGACCACAAUAGAGCCUUCGCCCUACCCGCACCCGCAGUUUCCAGACGUGACCCUGUGGGACCUGCCAGGGGCCGGCUCUCCCGGCUGCUCCGCCGACAAGUACCUGAAGCAGGUGGACUUCGGCCGCUAUGAUUUCUUCCUGCUCGUCUCGCCCCGCCGCUGCGGCGCGGUGGAGAGCCGCCUGGCCUCCGAGAUCCUGCGCCAGGGCAAGAAGUUCUAUUUCGUGCGCACCAAGGUGGACGAGGACCUGGCGGCCACGCGCAUGCAGCGGCCCUCGGGCUUCAGCGAGGGGGCGGUCCUGCGCGAGAUCCGUGAACACUGCACAGAGCGGCUGCGCGGGGCCGGCGUCCACGACCCGCGCGUCUUCCUGGUGUCCAACCUCUCACCCGCGCGCUUCGACUUCCCGCUGCUCAUGUCCACCUGGGAGCACGAUCUGCCCGCUCACCGGCGCCACGCCGGCCUGCUGUCGCUGCCGGACAUCUCUCUGGAGGCCCUGCAGAAGAAGAAGGACAUGCUCCAGGAGCAGGUGCUCAAGACGGCCCUGGUGUCCGGGGUCAUCCAGGCCCUGCCCGUGCCCGGGCUGGCGGCCGCCUACGACGACGCGCUGCUCAUCCGCUCGCUGCGCGGCUACCACCGCAGCUUCGGCCUGGACGACGACUCGCUGGCCAAGCUGGCCGAGCAGGUGGGCAAACAGGCGGGGGACCUGCGCUCCGUCAUCCGCUCCCCGCUGGCCAACGAGGUCUCCCCCGAGACGGUCCUGCGCCUCUACUCCCAGUCGUCCGACGGUGCCAUGAGGGUGGCCCGGGCCUUUGAGAAGGGUAUUCCCGUGUUCGGGACGCUGGUGGCCGGCGGCAUCAGCUUCGGAACCGUCUACACUAUGCUUCAGGGCUGCCUCAACGAGAUGGCCGAGGAUGCCCAGCGCGUCCGCAUCAAGGCCCUGGAGGAGGAGGAGGAGGAUCCUCAGCCCGAUGUCAGCCUGGAGGCGGCUGGUGACAACGGUGUGGAGAAGCGGGGAUCCGGGGAGGGGAGCAUGGAGGAAGCCCCCCUCUUGACCCGCCGGAAGCUUGGCCUCCUCCUUAAGUACAUUCUGGACAGCUGGAAGAAGCGAGACUUGUCUGAAGACAAAUGAAAGUGCAGCCCUUACCCACUACCUCACCCACAAACCAAGCCUUUUGAAAACCCACCGAACACUCAAAAAAGGCCUAAUGUGGUGAAAAUGAGAUGCAGUUGCUGAGUGGGGACGGGGUGGGGCAGGCGGAGGGAGGCAGGCGGAGGGAGGCCUGAGGCCAAGUCCCUAACCGGGGAUAGGAAUUGAUCUUGGGAGGCAGAGGUUCAAGGUGUGGA